AUGGUGGCAUCACCAGCGUUAGUUCCAUCACCAAAUCCCCAACAUGCUACCAUGGCCGGACCACAACGAUCUGUAGGUAUGGUACCAUCUCCUAGCAGUUCUUUGAAUACGCCCGGAGGUGUAGGAGCGACUCCAAGCCCCCAACAAGAAGAUCAAGCAUAUAGAGAUAAAGUUAGACAAUUAAGUAAAUACAUAGAACCACUAAGAAGAAUGAUUGCUAAGAUGAGCAGCGAUGGAAAUGUUGACAAAAUAAGCAAAAUGAAGAAGCUUCUAGAAAUUUUAUUAAACCCCACUAAACGGACGCCGCUAGACACAUUAUUAAAAUGUGAAAUAGUUCUAGAAAAGUUAGAUUUUAAGCGGGGUGACGCAAGCGUACGGCCUCCAGUAACGACACUGAAAGAACAUCAUUUCUUUAGUCCGCUUUUGGAAGCAGUGAGCACUCAUCUCCAAAGCCCUGUUGUAAAUCAUACGUUACAACGUACUUUUGGCCCGUGUCUAGAAGCUUUGUUCGGACCAGAAAUAAAGUGA